GUGGUUUUUCGCAAUGCCUUGGAGAUCGGAUUCCUGGCUGGACAAUACUUCCUGUACGGGUUCAACGUGCCAGCUAUUUUCGAAUGUGACCGCUAUCCGUGCGUUAAGGAAGUGGAGUGCUACGUCUCCCGCCCCACCGAGAAGACCGUCUUCCUGGUUUUCAUGUUUGCCGUCAGCGGCAUCUGCGUCCUGCUCAACCUGGCUGAGCUAAACCACCUGGGCUGGCGGAAGAUCAAGACGGCCAUCCGGGGAGUGCAGGCCAGGCGGAAAUCCAUCUGCGAGGUGCGGAAGAAGGACCUCUCCUCCCUGGCCCAAGUGCCUACCUUGGGGCGGACUCAGUCCAGCGAGUCCGCUUACGUCUGA